UACAAGUCUAAUAUGUGAUAACAAUAAAGGUUUGAGAUCAGUCUGGUUUCAAUUCACCACUUCACCCUCCAUCACUGCCGUUCCCUCUGUCUCCAAAAUGUGCUUAAGCAAGCAUCAAAGUUGGUGCACCGGUGCGCACAUUCUCACACCAAGUUUGUUUUUAGAAAUCACAACCUUUGCACAGAAAGUGGCGUAUGCAACUUUCUAGCCCUGUUUUGUGUGUACGCAAGCUUUAUAAAUGAGGCCCCUGGUUUAAGUUUGGGGUAGCAGGAACCUGGUUUCAGCUGUUGGUGUCACUAUAGGAAUAAAGAAAAAUAUAGUCAUAAAAUCCAGAAAAAAGUAUAAAUAUGUUAAAAAUCUAGAACAUAUAAACACAGCGGUGCAUUCAUUCCACUGAGGAUGGUGGUCUGAUUCAGCAGAGGAUGUGAGAAACAAACAGAAACAUGAGACGAAGAAGCUUGUCCAGCAGAGGGAGAUGUUUCUGCAGAAGCAGCUCUGAGUUCGUCACAUCAUUAUUCAUAUCUGCUCUGAUGUUGACUGAAACAUGGAUCUGUGAUGUGCUUUAAUGUUUCAUUUGUCAGCGUGGUGAGAGAACAAAGGAAGAACAAAGCAGGAUGAGGAGAGGAGAAAGAAGCUGAGGAGAUUCGCUUCAGUUUGUGAAUCCAACUGUUUGAAUCAUCGACUUAUCCUCCUCCUCAGACAGGAGGAAGAGGAGGAUGAGGAGGAGGAGGAGGAUGGAGCAGGAUCUCAGCUGUGACUUGUUCUGCUGCUGUUGAGGAUUUAAAGCUGAUUUCUGGUGAGUGUUGAACACAGACUGAACUCCGUCUGUCAGCUGUUCGCUCUGGUUGGAUUCUGGCUCAGAGUUUGACUGAAAAUAUCCGAUGGUGCAGGAAAUGAGGUCGUCUGAAUUGAAAAAUCUGCUUCAUGUUGGUUUUGACACAUUCUCUGUUUCCUUCUAGCUGUGAAGAAGAUGUUUGGAAUAAACUGAUGUUUUCUCAUGAAGACAAAAAGAUGUUUCAGAUGAAAACAGCAGAAAACUAGAUGCUGGAGUUUGGAAACAGCAGCUGUUGGUUUCAUGGGAAAGUGGAACGUUUGGGAGUUGCUUCAGUUGAUGAAGGUCGUGUUUCUACAGAAGAUGGAGUCUGACUUUUGAACAGCAUCAGAAGAGUUAGGGUUAGCAGCAGCAGACAACAUCUCCAGCAGACAGAAGCUGCAUGUUCCUCUAACAAGAAGUCGUCUCCAUGUUUGGAUCCCAGCAGAUGAAGUUUGGAAGCAGCCUGUGGUCUCCUCAGCAGAGGACACAGUCUGGAAACCGACUGAAGAUGAAGUUUGGAAGCAGGCUGUGCACCCUGAACGUUGGAGGUCGCAGGUUUUCCUUCUCAGCGGAGCUCAUGAAGCGCCUCCCUCUCAGCAGACUCAGCCGGCUGCAUCGCUGCGUGUCAGAGAGCGAGCUGCUGGAGCUCUGCGACGACUACGACCGCGACCGGAAUGAGUUCUUCUUCGACCGCCACUCUGAGGCCUUCAGCUUCAUCAUGCUGUACCUGCAGCACGGCAAGCUGCGCUUCGUACCGCACAUGUGUGAGCUGUCCUUCUACAACGAGAUGCUGUACUGGGGCCUGGAGAGCUCCGACCUGCAGCCCUGCUGCCAGCGUCGCCUCGACGACCGCAUGUCCGACUGCUUCGUCCACUACUUUCCUGAGGAGGAGCCUCGAGGCCCUGAGGAGCCCCGGAGCCUCUGGCUGGAGAGAAUGAGGAGGACGUUCGAGGAGCCCACCUCUUCGCUGGCGGCGCAGAUCCUGGCUUCGGUGUCGGUGCUAUUCGUGGUCAUCUCCAUGGUGAUGCUGUGUGCCAGCACCUUACCGGACUGGACGGCUGCUGAGACCGUGGAGCAGCAGAGGAUCAUCGAGGCGGUGUGCAUCGGUUGGUUCACAGCUGAGUGCGUUGUCCGUUUCCUUGUGUCUCGUGAUAAAUGCGAGUUUGUCCGUCGUCCUCUGAACAUCAUCGACCUUCUGGCCAUCCUGCCGUUCUACGUCUCCGUUACCAUGACGUUCCUGACGGGGGAGGACUCCCAGAUGCAGCGGGCCGGCGUCACGCUGCGCGUCCUGCGCAUGAUGCGGAUCUUCUGGGUGAUUAAACUGGCGCGUCACUUCCUGGGACUGCAGACGCUCGGCCUGACGCUGCGGCGCUGCUACCGCGAGAUGGUGAUGCUCCUGGUCUUCGUCUGCGUCGCCAUGGCGAUCUUCAGUGCGCUGGCCCAGCUGCUGGAGCACGGCCUGGACGCGGAGACCGGAAACCAGGACUACGCCAGCAUCCCCGCCGCCUGCUGGUGGGUCAUCAUCUCCAUGACAACGGUGGGAUACGGCGACAUGUACCCGGUGACGGUGGCGGGACGAGUGCUGGGCGGACUCUGCGUGUUGAGCGGCAUCAUCCUGCUGGCGCUGCCCAUCACCUUCAUCUACCACAGCUUCAUCCAGUGCUACCACGAGCUGAAGGUCCGAUCGGCCCGCGGGAACCGGGUCGUAUCGGCCGAAUACAUUCACUGACCUCAGCUCUAGACCAAUCAGAACAAGGCAGCAGGAAGGGAGGCCGGUUCUGACCUAUCAGAGGCGUCUUGUCCCAGGACGCUCUUUCUGUGUCCACCCGCAGGUGUUCAGUCUUAGGAAGAUGGUUCCUGGCACAGCAAACAGAACCGCUGAGGUCCAGUGAGUCCAACAGAACUGCUGCUGGUUCAGGUUUUGUCAUUCUGCGUUUGAACCACCAGGAGCAUCAGCAGGAAACAGUUUUUAACCCUCAUGUCGUCCUGUCGGUCAAGUUGACCCGUUUUAAAGUUUGAAAAUGUGGGAAAACAAAUAUUUUCACAGUGAAACUUCUGAUGUCCACAUUUUCAACAUUUUGGGGAAUUUUUUGAACAUUUUUGAUGGAAAAAACAAAUGUUAAAAGUGUAAUCAUUUUAGACAUUUUUAGGAUUUUUUUUAAAGAUUUUUACUCAUUUUUUGAAAAUAUUUACAAGAAUUUUCUUGCCAAAUUUGCGGAAUUUUUUAAAAAUAAAACUUUUCAGGGAAUUUUCUUCCUGAAGGUUUUGCAAAUUUUCUGAAUUUUGGGGAAUUUGUUUGCUGAAUUUUGGGAUUUUUUUCAGACAAGGAAACAAUAUUUUUGGUGCCCGUAAACGAGGACAGCAGGAGGGUUAAAUUCAUGUCAUUUCUCCUGAAUUUCCAGUCAGUUUCUGGAACGUGACCCAGCAGAGUUGGUGUUCUUCCAGAGGAGCCCCAGAUAGCAAACUAUGGGUGAAUCAAUGUUGAAUCUAUGUUGAGACCUAACGUAGAAAUUAUACAGAAAGCGCAAGGUUGAUAAAAUGUUGAGUCAACGUUUGCUUACAUAGAUUACAUGUUUGCAAACAUAGAUUCAACAUUAAUUAAACACUGACCUGUCAAACAUUUUAAUUAAACCAAAAUACAACGUAGAUUCAAUGGUAUCUUUUAAACACAAACUUCAAUGUUGACAAAAUGUUGUUGAAUCAACGUUGAUCCAACCAUCAGUCUUCAACCGUAACCACAAUUCAACCUUCUUAACCCUAAUUCAACAUUGAUUUAACAUCUUUUGCU